AUGGACUCGUUUGAAAACAAAGAGCCAACGUUUUAUGAGAUGGUUAUGCAAGACAGGCUGCAAGAUAUGAUCUGGCAAAGCAUCAAAUUUGUUUUAGGAGUUUUUUGUGAAAAGUUUUCAGUGCUGAUUCCUUUUAGGUAUUACCAAGAUGAGAUUUCGUCAUUAUUUUUAGGGUCUCUUGACCUCUACUCAUUGCUAAAAACAAACUCAAACUUUUCUGAAAGCUUUUAUUCUUUGAGGCGCAUUUUUACGUCGAAAUUUGAUAUAGUGAAGUAUCUCGUUGUAAAUUAUAUUUUGCCUUUAUUAAGCAAAAGGAUUUCUAGCCAGAGCUCUCGUAUUCUGCACUCUUCACAUGAUAUUAUCAAGGGGAUUCAUAUGAUUUCUUAUCUUUAUUUGAAUUUUCCUUAUUUUGCUCCUGCUUAUUCAAUACUUAGGCAUAAGGUGAUUAGGCAGCAAGGAAGCAGCUCAAUGGGAUAUGUGUUUAUUUUUGUAUUGCUUUUGAUUAAGGGUCUUGAGCUAUGGGUUUCAUCAAGAUCUAAACCACCAGAAUUAACAGAAGUAGCAGAUGUUUCUGCUCCUUAUAAAGAAAGCAAGGUCCAAAAAGGAUAUUGUGGAAUAUGUCGGAAAAAUAUUGUGAACCCAGCAGCUCUAUCAGUUUCGGGGUAUGUAUUUUGCUAUUCUUGCAUCAAAGGGCACGUUGAUGUAUUUAAAUCUUGCCCUGUCACUGGAAUAAGAGCAGAUGUUAAAAAUAUAAGAAAGCUUCACUACUAA